AGAAAGAAAAAGCAAACAGAAGAGAUCAUAUAUGGUGAGAGAAAGGUGUGGGGCAAGUUGGACUUUGGUGGAAAGGGAAAAAGCGAAUGAAUCCAUAAGAAACAACAUUAUUUGUUAACUAAAGACUUGACCCUUCACUGCAGAGAGAGGUUUGGGAAAUGACUAAGAGUUAAGAAGAUUCUCUACCGUUUCCUCCCUAUCCUGUGGGCUGCUAUAAACUCACUUUGACAGCCAACCCAAUUUCAAGUGAGAAAUGGAACUGUCUUCUUAUGGCUCACCAGUAACUAUUAUAGAAACUGUUGCUUCACAGCUAGCAUGCAGUCCAGUGGAUAAGAAAGUUGCUUUCCACUUAGAUGAAGAAGAUGAGCUAAAACACCUCCGUGAAUGUUUUCAUAUUCCCAGAGUAAAGGAUCUGCCUUCAAGUAAGAACCACAAUUUAUACCAAGCCAGUCCCACUUUAGUGAAUAAGAAUGAAAGCUGCAUCUACUUUGCUGGGAACUCUCUUGGUCUCCAGCCAAAGAAAAUUAAGACUUACUUGAAUGAAGAACUUGACAAGUGGGCUAAAAUAGGUGUUCAUGGUCAUUUCAGUGGGAAACGACCUUGGGCUUUAGGAGAUGAGUGCAUUGUGGAGCUUAUGGCUGAUAUUGUGGGGGCCCAUAAAGAAGAGAUAGCAUUAAUGAACGGCUUGACAGUUAAUCUACAUCUCCUAAUGUUAGCAUUCUUUAAGCCUACCUCAGAUCGCUAUAAAAUCCUUCUGGAAUCCAAAGCUUUUCCAUCUGACCAUUAUGCUGUUGAGUCUCAACUCCAAUUUCAUGGGCUAGACAUGGAGAAGAGUAUGCUUAUGAUAGAGCCACAAAAGGGGGAGGAGAUAUUAAGAACCGAAGAUAUCCUUGCUGUAAUUGAGAAGGAAGGGGACUCUGUUGCCAUAAUUCUGUUUAGUGGUGUGCAGUACUAUACAGGACAGCUGUUUGACAUCCCAAGAAUAACAAAGGCUGGUCAAGAGAAGGGUUGCUUUGUUGGAUUUGACCUGGCUCAUGCUGUUGGCAACGUAGAACUAUAUUUACAUGACUGGGGAGUAGACUUUGCCUGCUGGUGUUCCUAUAAGUACCUCAAUUCAGGAGCAGGAGGUCUAGCUGGUGCUUUCAUUCAUGAGAAACAUUCCCAGACUGUAAAACCAGCGCUAAUAGGAUGGUGGGGUCAUGACUUCAAAACCAGGUUUCUCAUGGAAAACAAAUUGCAACUGACUCCUGGAAUCAAUGGAUUUCGAUUAUCAAACCCUUCAAUUUUAUUGGUGUGUGCUCUUCAUGCUAGUUUAGAGGUCUUUGGUCAAACUACAAUGAAACUUCUGAGAAGGAAAUCCAUUCUUCUUACUGGUUACUUGGAAUGCUUGAUAAAUCAUUACUAUAGUGAAGAUAGAAGUGACCCCAAGAAACCUUUUGUAAAAAUAAUCACACCUUCCCACAUUGAAGAAAGAGGAUGUCAGCUCACACUGGCCUUCUCUGUUCCAAUUAAAUAUGUGUUUAAAGAACUGGAAAAAAGGGGUGUUGCUUGUGACAUGCGGGAACCCAAUGCCCUCCGUGUUGCCCCAGUUCCUCUCUACAAUUCUUUCCAUGAUGUGUACAGAUUUAUUGAAAUCCUGGGAUCUGCAAUUACAUCUGCAACGCAAAGAGAAAACAAUGCCGCACUUUCCUGAUCUUAUUGACGGUGCAGCUAUAUCUUUUAAUCUGUUAUGAAGUUUCAUCGAUGCUUUUAAGCAAUUUUUUGUUUGUUAGACUCGGCUAUGUAUAUUCUACCAAUUUUUGCCCAAAGAUUAAUUUUGCUUGAAUAGUUAUUUACCUAUACUUUUUAUUCACACUAAUUAUUUCUACUCAUAUGGACUCCAGAAAUAAUAUGCUUUAUGUAUUUUAGUAGGGAUGAUCUUUAGCAUUCUAGAUACUUCAUCUAGAUAAUUCUGUUUUACCUCUUAUGACAGGCAAAACAGAAAGACAGCGGCAAAACUAACUUUUGUGUUAUACCAUUGUGUGGAAUAAUGCACCAUAUUCCUAUAGAUGUAGCCUCUUUUGCAUUUUAAUCACAAUUUCUAUUAAAGGAUAUUUAAUUUGCACUGAA